AUGGCUGUCUUCGCCGUUGUCAAGAUCACGCCAAUUGCGUUUGCCAAUGUCCAAUGGCGAACGUUCAUCGUAUAUGCAGUACUCAUCGCUGCGUUUAUUCCAGUCGUGUAUUUCUUUUCCUCGGAAACGAAAGGCAUCGAACUGGAGGACAUCCCACUGCUGUUUGCCAAAGGUGGCAUCACUGGCGGUGUGGCAUCGUCAAAGGGAGGCAGAACCGUUGUACAAUCUUCCAUCAACGAGAAGAUCGAGGUCGAUCAUCAGCGGAUGGAAAGAGUCGAAACGUGA